AUGCAGCGCUGCCGGGGUCCCUGGGCCACCUGCCCGGAGCAGGAGGAGCCGGAAUGCAGCAUUCAAGAAAAGAUUGACUUUGAAAUCCGCAUGCGAGAGGGAAUCCGUAAACUGCUUGCAGUGAGCACCCAAAAAGACCAAGUGCUGCAUGCAGUUAAAAACCUGAUGGUUUGCAAUGCUCGCGUUCUUGCCUACAAGACAGAACUACAGAAACAAAAAGAGGAACCAGUCACGUACAGAAUAGGAGGAAGGUGUUCAGAUGUUCGGACUAAAGAGCGUGCAGCAUGUAGAGGAAAGGUUGCCAUAUCAGAUAUUCGCAUACCAUUAAUGUGGAAAGGCUCUGAUCACUUCAACAAUAAAGAAAGAUCACAGCGCUAUGCAAUUUUUUGCUUAUUCAAAAUGGGAGCUGAGGUUUUUGAUACAGACAUGGUUAUUGUGGAUAAAGCAAUAACUGAUAUCUGUUUUGAAAAUGUAACCAUAUUUGAUGAAGCGGGGCCAGACUUCCAAGUAAAGUUUGAAGUGUAUAGUUGCUGUACAGACCAAUCUCCAACUAUAACAAACACUCCUAAGAAGCUAGCCAAGAAGCUUAAGACAUCGAUUGGUAAAGCUACUGGAAAGAAAAUCAACUCUUUGCUAGAAGAAGACAACCCUGAAUCCUUUUCAUUCACUGACCCAAUCAUACCUGGUGCAAAAUACAGUUUGCUGGCACAUACCACUUUGGGGUUGGAGAGUGCUGAGGACAAUUUCAGGACCCACAACCUUACCAUUACAGGAAAUGAGGAGUCGUCGUUCUGGUUUCCCUUAUAUGGAAGCAUGUGUUGUCGUUUAGUUGCUCAGCCAUUCUGCAUGGCCAAGGAUGUGAUGUCAGGAUUUCUUAAUCAGCAGCAAAUGGUAGGAAGCCUGACUAACUGGAGGAGGCUGUACUGUGUACUAAGAGGUGGUAAACUCUUUUGUUAUUAUACACCCGAAGAAAUUGAAGCUAAAGUGGAGCCAGCUUUGACAGUUUCCAUCAACAAGGAAACCAGAAUCCGUGCUGUGGAUAAGGGCACCGAGAAAAGAAUUAAUAACUUUACUGUUAUCAACCCUGUGGAUGGAGAGGCUGUGACUCAACUUUUUGCAGCUGACAGCAGGGAAGAACUUCAUAAGUGGAUGGAAGCUUUCUGGCAGCAUUUCUAUGAUCUUAGCCAGUGGAAACAUUGUUGUGAAGAAUUUAUGAAAAUUGAGAUUAUGUCACCACGGAAACCACCUUUGUUCUUGACAAAAGAGGCAACCUCAGUCUACCAUGAUAUGAGUAUUGAUUCUCCAGUGAAACAUGAAGGUUUAACAGAUAUCAUACAAAGGAAAAUUGAGGAGACUGAUGGAGAGUUCCUGAUUGGCCAACAGAAGGAGUCUGUACCUUCUGUAUGGGCCCCAUUAUUUGAUGGUUCUCACCAGAUGCUUGUCCAGAAAAAUAUUGUGUUUCCAGAUGCAAAUAGUGAGAUAGUAAGUCCUAAUGAUGGCAAAGGAAAGAAAAGAAGAGCUCCACUUCCACCGUCUGAUAAGCUACCAUACAGCUCAAAAACUCAGAUGAGCACAGAUCAGUUGGACAAGGAAAACUUGUGGAAGAAGCCUGCCAUUGCACGUAGGACCUCUUCUUCUUUUGAUGCCAAAUUAUCUUCCAUGAUGCAUCAGUUGCAGAGGCCCAUUGCUGCUCCUCGCAAACUGGUUCCUUGCAGGAAAAGCAGCUCAAUUGACAGUGAAAAUCCUCUCUCUUCAGUUACUGAGACAGAAUCUGAAACCAAAUCAGUGCCAGCUCCUAGACAGAAAUCCAUCAAAAAAAUACUAGACCCUAGAUCAUGGUUGCAGUCACAGGUGUAA